UAGAUCGAGUCCAUCCCUCCACUUUUCUUUAUAUUUUGUCAACAAACCCUAAUUCCAUCUUCAAGUUCUUAUAAACUCAAAGAAAAUAAGCAACUCAUCAAUCAAAAAGUAUUCCAAGAUGACGGUCAAGGCCCUAGUCGAAGCUCGUGGUGAAGAUAUGUAUUCUCGUUUAAAAUCACAAGGUCUUCGUUAUCUAAUCCAGCCCGACGCAACAAAAGACACUAAAACACGAAUUGUCUCGCGUGUGGAUUCUAAUACGAAAGUGAGACGAAAUUGUGCAUCUGAUUUGGCAACGAUGGCAAGAGGGCCGCGACAACUCAAUAAUCAUCAGACUAAGGACAUUGAUCGUGUUGUUCAACGCCCUCGUGCAGUUUUAUCUAGCCCCGACAAUGACCAUUUAAUCAAAGAGAUGAAUAAGAGGACUCUGAAACAAGAUUCUAUUCCCAAAGCACCUUCAAGGAGAGUUAAGUCGACUUGUGUUGAUAUAGAGAACACACCCAUAAGGAUUCGUGGUACAGGGCCAACAUCUAACACCCAGUAUCGUCUGAGAAUAAAAGACUACACUAAACCGUCUGUUUCAAAGGACAAGACAUGUAUUGCCAAUGUAAAAUCCUUGUAAAGUUAAGAAAAGUUAUGAUCGACUGACUAAAACCCUUGACCUGUUUGAUUACAGAUUAUCAUAAGCGCAAUUACUUAUACAUUAAUUGUUUAAGAUCA